UAUUUCAUUAUUUUCUUUGCAGUUUGCACGACAGCAGCAAGCAUGGAAAUUGUAGAUUUGUAGAUUUUUGAAACAAUUUUGCAAAAUAAAAACAAAACUCUUCCAAUAUUUGUGUAAUUCUGAAAUCAUGACUGCGGACAGUGAUAAAAGUGGAAGUAUUAAUCAAGAUUCAGGGCCUGAAGAAGAACAAGAGGAAACUAAAACCGAAGAAAAUGUAGAAGAAACAGUAACUUUUAAAGAUUUGGGAAUUGUAGACAUACUGUGUGAAGCAUGCACAGAAUUAAAAUGGAAAAAUCCAUCCAAGAUCCAAAAAGAAGCAAUACCUGUAGCACUCCAGGGCAAAGACAUAAUAGGACUUGCUGAGACAGGGUCAGGCAAGACUGGGGCCUUUGCCCUGCCAAUCUUACAGUCCCUGCUAGAAAACCCACAAAGAUACUUUGCACUUGUAUUGACACCUACGAGAGAAUUGGCAUUCCAAAUAUCAGAACAGUUUGAAGCACUAGGUGCCAGCAUAGGGGUAAAAUGUGCAGUGAUAGUGGGAGGCAUGGACAUGGUAGCCCAGGCCCUCGCACUGUCCAAGAAGCCCCACAUCAUCAUAGCCACCCCGGGCAGACUGGUGGACCACCUGCAGAAUACUAAGGGUUUCAAUCUGAAGGCUCUGAAGUAUCUUGUAAUGGACGAAGCAGAUCGUAUAUUGAACAUGGAUUUCGAAGUGGAAGUGGACAAGAUCCUGCGCGUGAUCCCGCGCGAGCGACGCACUUACCUAUUCUCAGCCACAAUGACCAAGAAAGUACAGAAGUUACAGAGGGCCUCCCUGCAAGACCCCGUCAAAGUUGAGGUGUCAACCAAGUAUCAGACUGUGGAGAAACUGCAGCAGUACUAUAUUUUUAUACCUGUGAAAUAUAAGGAUGUAUACUUGGUGCACAUCCUGAACGAGCUGUCGGGCAACUCGUUCAUCGUGUUCGUGUCGACGUGCGCGGGCGCGCUGCGCGCGGCGCUGCUGCUGCGCGCGCUGGGCGUGUCGGCGGUGCCGCUGCACGGCCAGAUGUCGCAGCAGCGCCGCCUCGCCGCGCUCAACAAGUUCAAGACCAAGAACAGGGCCGUGCUCAUCUGCACCGACGUCGCUUCCAGAGGUCUAGACAUCCCACAUGUGGACGUGGUAAUAAACCUGGACAUCCCACUGCACAGUAAAGACUACAUCCACCGCGUGGGCAGAACUGCGCGCGCGGGCCGCGCCGGGAAAGCCAUUACAUUCGUUACACAGUAUGAUGUGGAGUUAUACCAGCGUAUAGAGCAACUCAUCGGCAAACAACUCCCGCUCUACAAAACGGAAGAGAAUGAAGUGAUGGUACUACAGGAAAGAGUAGCCGAGGCGCAACGACUCACCAAAAUUGAAAUGAAAGAGCUAGAAGACAAGAAAGGUUCGAAAGGCAAGAAGCGCGGCGCGGAGUCGGACGACGACACGGAGGAGGCGGCCGGCGUGCGCCGACGCAUCAAGGGCAAGGGGAAGCCCCGACACGGCGGCAAGAAGAGGCGAUGAAUAAAUAAUACACUUGAUGGUAAUUAAAAUUGAUGUAAAAGACGUUGAAUAAAUUAUGAAAUUUGUAAUAUUA